AUGGCAGAGAAACCAGAAGAUCUGAACCUUCCAAAUGCAGUGAUUGCACGUCUUGCAAAAGAUGCUGUAAGUGUGAAUUUCUGAUAUCAAAUUGCACUGGUUGUAGCCAUGAAAUAAACAAUAGUUUAUGUUGUCAUGUCAUUUUGUUGUUAUCCAAGGUGUCAGAUCUUUUGUUUAAAUAUAUACUACCAACAAUAAUUUCAACUUUUCUGAAUAACCCAGUCAUUCUUGGUUUAAUAAUUGACUUGUGCUUUAUGAGAACAUUUGUGUAGUUGAAGAGUUAAGAGGGUUUGAUUGCCAGGUUUAAGUUAUUCCCAUCUAUAUUUCAGCUCCCUGAAAAUGUUAAUAUUGCCAAAGAAGCUAGAACUGCGAUUGGAAAAGCGGCAAGUGUGUUUGUCCUUUAUGCUACAUCAUGGUAUGUAUAAAAAAUUGUGGUGCUUAGGGUUAUCAGAAAGUUUUGAAGUAGACAGCUGAGUUGUCAAAGUAAGCGGCCAGUCCAGGGAUAUUUUAUUUAAAAAAUGCCAUCUGUAGAGAAAUGCCAAGCAGAGUAGCCGGCCAAUACUAAACAAGUAGGCGGCGAUUUUUGCCGGUAGCGGGCUACUUUUGACAACCGUGGGUGCUGCACUGUUCAAAUAUAUUUUGACAAUGAUGGAUGGUAGACUGGUCUGCCUUUUGUGCUGCUUCUCAGCUGUGUAGAUAUGGGUAUUAGGAGCUAGGAUAGCGCGGUUGGUUUUUGUGUGGCCUUCUGUGUGAGAGUUCCUGAGUUGAAUUCAUGGGAUCGACCUCAAAUCCUUGUUUAGUUUUUUUCGUUUUCAUGUGGCUUUAUAGCUUUCAAUACCCCUAAAAUACAUCACUAAUGGAGUGCACUAUUGGCCUUCGGUAUGUUAGUCAGAUGACAACGUAAAUUAAGCCGACUCUUUACCUUUCCAUUUUACCUUUUAGCAACAUCUGCUAGGAAAUCGUACGAUUUCCAGGUUGUCAAAAAUAGACAACAGCUGGGAAAAAUCACCCCCUGCUUUUGGCCAGGUAUUUUGCUGGGCUAUUCCUCUGAUUAUUUAGUAAAAGAUGGCAAAAUUAGUCACCUAAUUCAACAACUUUUUGACAACCCCAGCUGCUAUUGACUUAUGCAUCUCUUUCAUAGCAGUCAGAGUCACAAUACUGCUAGUGUAGACUGUAAUUAUUAAUUAAUUAUUGUGGAUACCAAUUUAAUUAACUCCUUUAAGCUCAAGCGAUGAUUGCAGCUCUAUUAUCUGGAAUCUUUCUGUCUAUUUUCAGUUAAAUCUUUAACAUUUUGUUACUCUGUGUUUUAAUUCUUUCAUAAAGUGCAAACAAUUUUGCACAGAAGCAGAAGAGAAAAACUCUUACAGCAACUGAUGUGUUUGAGGCUUUGGAGGAGAUGGAAUUUAGCCAGUUCAUAAAACCUCUUAAGGACAGCCUGGCUUGUGAGUAUGAUUCCAUUCAUAGUGGUUUAUACACACUGCACUGAACUAUGCACUGUAUGCACUUUGAUUCUCUAAGGUAACCUGCGGAAGGGAUACUAUUUUGCAUUGAUGAUAGCGAAGUGUGAAUGAUCUGAAUGUCUUCUCUUAACCAGUGAUCCUCCCAACCAUAAAUUAUUUACAGUUGUCCCUGAGGAAUACAUAAAAACGUUUCUGUCAUGUAACUGAACCUCAUAUUCAAAAGAAAUAGUCAGUUUGUUAUAAAACGUUAUUGGCAAGUUGUUACAUUAACCAUAGACCACAAAGAUUUUGGCAACAAGGAGUUCAUUGUCACAGACCGCAGACAUGAAUAUUUAAAAGGAAACUGACAAUAACCAUGAUAACACUCCAAAAACUGCUAGGGUGUAGGGGAAUUAGGGUAACAAUGACGAGCUUUACCAUCUUAGCAGCCAGCAUAUAACUGACCAACACGUGACAAUGAAGAGGCUUAUGUACUCGAUUUACAUCAUGACACAGUUACCCCAUCCUCACAGGCAAUCUUUUGAUUAAUAAUUAGUGGCUAGCUAUAGUAUAUAUAGGAACAUAUCUUGUGGAAACAAUAGAUGGCAUCUUUACUGAUGAUCAACUUAGUAGAAGUUAAUCAAUUAGUGGCUAGCUAUAGUAUAUAUAGGAGAAUAUAUAUAUCUUGUGGAAACAAUAGAUGGCAUCUUUACUGAUGAUCAACGUAAUAGAAGUUUAACAUAUUAAGGAAGAACAAAAAUUUGAAAAGUGAGAAAAUUUAAAUUCAUCUUCAUUAUUCUCUUUGCCUUUCCUUGCUCCUUAUGGAAAGUGCCCUCUCAUCCAAAUGAGCCUGAUUCAAUGAAUGAAUAGUGUGGUCCAGCGUUUUCAGUUUUGUCAUCACUAGUCAUUUUUAACAAUUCAAGAUGAAUAAAUUUAUAGUCUUCGUUUAUGUUUAAAAAACACUGAAUGUUGGUCCAGCCAAACUGGAAGUACAACCUCCUGCUUAUACCAACUGCUAACCAACUCAACUGAUUUACAGUAUUUAGGAAAGAGCAGAAAGGCAAGAAAGAAGCAGCAGCUGAAACAAAAAGAAAAAAGAGUGACACUGCUAGUGAAACUGAGCCUGAGUCAAAGCGGCAAAAGACGACAGAGGACAAGAAGCAGACAACAGAAGAAAAUGAUAAGGAAGAUGACAGAGCAGAGACAGAAAAAAAUGGGGAAGAAUCAUAG